AAAAACAUCUAACCCAAAAUAACAAAAAACAAAGAGAGAGAGAGAGAGACACACACAGGCGGAUGGACGAGAGAACGGCAAGUGUUCCGAUAAAAGCGCGACAUCAUCCUCCUCACCAUCUUGAUCUGCUUCUGGUUUAGCUUGUUUCGAGCUUCCGGUGUUUUUAUUUUAAACUAUUAAUUUAUUUAUUUGUUUAUUUAUCGAUUGAUUGCGUUUUAAUUACGGAGCGCGCGGGAGGAGGAGCGUCAGGGCAUGCGCGCGCGCCUUGUGUUUUCUGACUCUUGUAUUUAAUUUCCCGUUUGUGUUUAUCAGACACGCGUUUGUCUGCUUUCGUUUUAUUUUCCACCUUUUUUUUAAUGAAGCUGCUUUAAAUGUGCUCGCGACGCGACCCGCUGCUUAGCGCGUGCGGAUGAAUGUACAUGUGUGUAGAUAAAGAGAGAGAGAGAGAGAGACCUCACGCGGAGGAACCGGAGCAGGAGCGCGUGCAGCUAGAAGACCAAAUACUAUACAGAAAUCCAAAUAAGACUUUCUACCAACUCCGUCGUGUUUUUUAGUUGCUACACAGAGAAAACCAAAGCUAACAGGAGAUCUUGGCUCAGCGACUGUUCUCAUGCCUUUUUAAGCAGGAAGCGUAACUGGUGAGGAUAGAAUAAGCUCCAGGGCCUCUAUGUUUACUCAAGGAGAAAGCUUUAGCAGCGUGAGACGCAGACAGGUGACACGCAGCCUCUUUAUUAUUUACAAACCUGUAAUUGUAACAGAACUUUUCAUGUAGCUGCCCUCCUCUCGAUCCGCCUGUGUGUUAGCGAGUCAGGGACCAUCAUCCUCCGCUCUAUGCACGUUUACACCAAAACUAAUGUUAUUCUAUAUUGUCGACAUCCACAAAUGUAAAUAAAAGCGCGCAUGGUGGGGGGGUUGCUACACAUGUGCGCACACCCAACGGCGAAUGCUGCGAACCAAGUAACAAUAAUCCCCCAGAGCUGUCUGCCUGAGAGUCGGACGAAGACACAGAGGCGCGAGACAGGAGGACACCACUCCUUGCUUGAGUCCGAUUAUUUGCAUCCAAACAAGAAGCAGGAGGAAGAUCAUGUUUGUUCCCUUGCCGGUGCCGUUCGUGUUUCAGAGAACUGCCCCUGACCUCAGCGCCUGGCGUCUCAAGUCCCCCCUGGCUCUGCGCUCCAACUCCGACAUCAGGAUGUCGAAGCUCGUGGAGGUUGAGAAGGUCGGGGCUGACUCGCCUUUAGAGGCCACAGAGUCAGAGCGGAAUGGACCCGAAUCAAAUCACCAGUCUCUGAAAAUCAGCCCGUUCCCCCUGUCGCCAAACCUGAACAGCAGCAAGAGUAAGAUGGACGAGAGUGCUGAAAUGUCCCCGGGCCUCCCCUCCUCUCACGGCCCGACCCCCUCACAAACAGCUCUGCAGCACACACAGCUGAUGCUGACCGGCUCCCAGCUCGCGGGGCUGACAGCUUUAUUGCCAGCUCAGCAGCAGCUACUGCUACAGCAGGCUCAGGCUCAGCUCCUGGCCGCCGCCGUGCAGCAGUCCAACGCGGCGGCUCACGCUGCCCACGCAGCCGCCCAAGCCAAUCAGCAAGCUCAGGCAGCUGCAGCGGCGAAUCAGCAGGCCCAGCAGCAGCAGCAGCAGCAAGCGGGGCAGCAGGUUCACUCUCAGUCCCAGGGACAGAGCACACAGGAGCAAAACACCCAAAGCGUCCCUGUCCCUCCUCCUCAGCUCACCCUCUCCCAGCCCAUCCAGCUCACCGCCCAGGACAUCCAGCAGCUGCUGCAGCUUCAACAGCUGGUGUUGGUGCCUGGUCACCCACUUCCAUCCCCAGCCCAGUUCCUCCUCCCACAGGCGCAGCAGGGCCAGCAAGGACUCUUAUCGACACCAAAUCUUAUUCCGCUACCUCAGCAGAACCAGGGGAGCCUCCUUUCUGCUCCGGCUAGAAUGGGGCUGCAGACACAGGUGCAGCGCGAUAAGAGCGUGGAUUUGAGCGGCGGCGGAGGCAUGACCGCGGCACCCUCUGUGACCUCUCACCCCGACGAGCCCAGUGACCUGGAAGAGCUCGAACAGUUUGCUCGCACUUUUAAACAGAGACGCAUCAAACUGGGCUUCACGCAGGGAGACGUGGGCUUGGCCAUGGGGAAGCUCUACGGGAACGACUUCAGUCAGACCACCAUCUCCCGCUUUGAGGCGCUCAACCUGAGCUUCAAGAACAUGUGCAAGCUGAAGCCUCUGCUGGAGAAGUGGCUCAACGACGCAGAGACCAUGUCCAUCGACAGCACCCUGCCCAGUCCCAGCUCCCUGUCCUCCCCUUCACUGGGCUUUGAGGGGAUUCCGGGUCGCCGCAGAAAGAAAAGAACCAGCAUUGAGACGAAUGUGCGAGUGGCCCUAGAACGAUCCUUCCUGACUAACCAGAAGCCCACCUCCGAGGAGAUCCUGUUGAUCGCUGAGCAGCUUAACAUGGAGAAGGAGGUGAUCCGGGUCUGGUUCUGCAACCGCCGGCAGAAAGAGAAGCGCAUCAAUCCCAGCAGCGCCACCCCUCCGCUGCCCAGUCAGCCCCCCGCUGCCCCGCAGACGCACAAACCGCCGUGCUAUAGCCCCCACAUGAUGUCCAGCCAGCUGUCCCAGGCCGUGACCAACCUCAGCAGCACAACAGCCACCACCAUGUCCUCCAUCUGCCCCUUGACUUCCAGCCUCACCUCUACCCACCCCUCUCUCACCUCCACCCACCCCCCUCUGAGCUCCACGCCCUCCCCAGUGACACCUCCUCCUCCCCCUCGCAGCACAGCCAGCCCUGCCACUCCCAGCCACAACACACUCAACCUAAACACAGGUCUGUGGCGCAUGGGUAAAAAGAAUGGUGACAUGUCCAACUACAUCACUGACUUUGCUGCAAAUUUGAGGAACACUGUGAUGGGAGUUAACACGGGGAUGAACCACGCCCUCCUCGGUAACAAUCCCCUGGCAACUAUCCAAGCUCUGGCAGCCAGUGGUGGCCAGCUGCCUCUUUCCACUCUUGAGGGCGGCAGCAAGGUGUUGCUGGGGGCCUCUGGGGGCCAAGGAGGGGCCCUCCCCUCCUCCCUCUUCCUCAACCACCCCACCCUCCUCCACAUGGGCCAAAAUCCCGGCGCCGGAUUGGUCAGUGCCGCUGUAGCCAAAGUGUCCCAGGCCUCCCCCUUCCCUUCAGCCAGCAGCAUCAGCCCCACACCCUGUUCCCCCUCCCCCUGCUCUAGCCCCGCCUCUUCCUGCUCCUCCAGCGAAAUGGCACACAGCCCAUCCUGCCUGGGCGGGCCCAAGAUCGAGUGACAACACCCGGGGGGGCCAAUCAGAGAGGAGGACCGAAGAAGAACUUCGCCUUUCACACCAAAGCUAUCUCUUUCUCUCUCUUGUGCUCUUCUUCCAUUUUUAUUUGAUUUGAUUUGCAAUGGCUCUCUCCCUCCUUUUCUCCAAGUCUUUCGAUGCCAAAAAUACACAGAAUGAAAGAGGAGAGAAGGAGGGAAAGAAGAAGGGAGAAGGGAGGAAAGGGGACGAUCGAAACCAAAAAUCUUUAUCUAUCCAAACAGAUGAAGCAGAGACAUCACCGGACAUGUUUUUUGUCUGUAACUUGUGAUUAUAACGUGUCACGUCUCCGCUCUUUCGCUCAGACGGAAAACAAACCAACGACUCUUUAGCAACGAGACGGAAGAGGCGGAGGAUGUCCAAGUGCAUAAACCAAAAAUGACAAAAGAAACUUUACUAUGUGACACAAGGAAUGGUGUCACGGACGCUAAGAAACCAAGAGGAGGACCGUGCUCACGCGCUCUUUUCUUUUGAAAAUAUUGUUAUUUUGAAAAGCUUUGAGAGAAGAGGAGCGGGGACGAUGCGUUUAAACCAAAAAUUUACCUGAGGAGGAAGUGGAGGACGAACACACGAUGACUUUUAAAAAAAAGACAAAAAAAAAAACAAUGACAACCAAACCAAACCAUACCAAAAUCACAAAUACCAAAAACCAAAAAUACGGAGAGAAAAGCUUUAUUCAAAAGGACGUGUAAAUACUGAAGCUAUCCAGGACCAGGACUCUACUGCAACACACACACACACACUCAUCCUGUCACCCGCUCAUCCCAUUUGUGUUUUCAUGCGUCUCUCGUUGGGUUUCAUGCCAAAUAUUUGAAGUCAUUUUGUAAAAUAUUGUUGUUUUUGCAUCAGGAAUGUGCUAGAACUGCUGUCUCUUUCCUACCUCUGGUUACAAGAGCUUAGACUAGAAUACGCUUCUCCCAUUUUGUACUUUUACACCAGAUUAUAGCUUAAGAUUAGUUUGUUUUCAUUAUUUAUUAGCUUCACAAUUCAGCUCCUAUUUAUUGUUGUGCUCUAGCUCUGUCAUAUCAUCAUCAUCAUCAUCAUCAUCAUCAUCAUCAUCAUCAGCCUCGUCUUCAUUUGUGUCCUCAUCUUUUGUAACUUCACUCCCCUUCUGGAAGGCAGAAGAGAGAUCGAUGCUCAACUCCGUCCUCACUAAGUGCCGAUGGUCCGCGGAUCGGGUCGGCUCACUUUGUGUUGAUUUCAGGGCGUGAAUGAAUCCAUCACCCCCCCCCCCCCCCCCCGCCCUUCAAAAAAUCCAAACAAAUAAAGAUUUUGUUCUCUCAAUCAGACCGCUCUUUCUUAAAGAUAACCACCAUUCCCAGAGGCGUCCAUGGCUAAAUGAACACGCCCUGGGAAACUUCACACACUGAAAAUGAUGUUUGUUACGAGGGGAGAGCGUUUUUAUGAAAGUAUGAAAUGGAGCCGUGACUGGCGAUGGAGACAAAUAAGCGUCGAGGCUGAGGGCUAAAUAAGUCAAUAAAGCCAAGUUUAGUCACAGCUGGCUCCGAUUCCUGCCUCGUCAAUCAGCGCAGACGCCCCGACAGCUGUCUGACUGUGUGUUUACCUGCAUUCGUCUGUUUUCCAUCAUCGCUCACAUUUCACUCAUUUUCCACCUCGCACUGCCAUUAAUUCCAAAAUAGAUACCAAAGCAUCAUCAGGGCAAGGGCCCCGGAGCCGAGACACCAACACGAUACAGACACACUGGGGGGUCAAAAGGGGGGGAGAGAGGACAGGACGUCUCCCCCUCUUGGUGGAAUCGCCCUCACCUGUCCUUAAACACACGGGGAAAGCUUUAGGACUGUUGUUUUGCCUUCUCAACCCCACAAGGAGGGUGUAGGGAAGCAGGUGAAACACUUUUUUUCCAAGAGGACACCAAAAACGAACCAAAACCAAAAACCCAAGGAAUGACAAACCAAAAACAACCCAAACCAAAUGUGGCUGGAGGGAGGAGGGGAGGAGGACAAAGCGUUGGGACGAUUCGGAGACGUCUGCCUGUCCGUCUGUUAGCUUCAGGGCCGAAACUGAAUCUGUGGACGGAGCGACAGAAGAAGAAAGAUGGACGGUUCCUCCCCUCCUCUACCUCCCUCUCUCCAGCUCAGCUCUCUGGUCCUGGAUGGAGAUAAACGCAAAUGACCUCACUGAACUGAAAUCUUAUUUAAAAGAAUCCUUUUUCUUUCUUACGUUUGUAUUUUUUCGUUGACUGAUUCUGAUUGUUUGAUCUCUGCCGUGUCUCUUGAUGCCGUUUUAUGUACUGUACUUUAGUGCUUACUUCUUAUUUGGAACAACGUACUCGCUUACUUACUUACUACAAGAGCUCCUUAUUUUUUCGUAGUCGUGCUCGAGAUUUUUAUCGGGUGGUUGAGAAAAAAAAUACUGUGAAAAUUUAGCUUCCAGAUUUUUAUUAGAUAAAGACUGUCUUGGCAGGAAAAGAACAACGGACGACACAAAAGCCAAAAAACUAAGAAUUGAACUGCGAACCUUAAAAUCGUCAAAACCAAAAACUGAAACCAAACCAGCGGACGAGAGCAGAGCUGCUCUUUCCCGCUCUCUCUCUCUCUCUCUCUUUUCUCUCUCUCUCUGUCUGCAUGAGGGCAAAGUAACGGGUUGAUUGGUCUGAGGUGCCUCUGAGCAUUUAUCUGUUUGCAAGUGUUGGUUUAAAGGAACACCGAGUCGAGUUUGCAGUGAUGUCCUGUAACUUUGAACCCAAAGACUUAAAAACUAGACAUUAGGACGACAGAAUGCCUGCGACGGCUUAAAGGUUGGUUUAUGCUUGACGAGUCCGCGAGGUUCGCCAGGCUCCAUGCGGCAAAAUUGCGUCAUUUUAACAACCACGCCCCUCCACCGCACCUCCGCACGGCCCAAACUUUCCGCACCGCGAACCUAGGAAAUUUUCUAACCACGCGGACGGUCGAAUACGGAAAAACAUGGUGGACUGGCAAGAACUAGUAUGACAGAGGUUGGUAAAUACAGACAUUUGUAUGAUUCAGCUCUCAGAGAUCACCGUGAUCAACAUGUUGUUAAUAAUUCUUGGAGAGAAAUAGCUCGCACUGUCGGAAAAGACGAGGACGCUGUUAAAAAAUGCUGGAAUGCCAUGUUGUAAACAACAGUAAUUUUUACUUCUACUACGGUGUAGUGUUGGAUGCAUGCCGUAGAGCUCCAUGCUGCCCCCUACAGUUUGGGAGAAUAUUGGCUCACUGCAGAGACAAGCCGCAUGAACCAUAAACGCUGCGAGUUGUGAAGCGCGUUCCAUCCGCGAGCCGCAUCACCAAGCGGAAAGUGAAUGCGUCGAGCAUAAACCAAGCUUUAGUCUGCGGGUCGGACGUUUCCAAAGACCCUUUGGUUUGAUCGUCGCCAGGGAAACAGUCGAGAAUCGUUUCCGAGCUUUAGAUGUUUGCGCCUUAAAGGUGAAACCUCUCCUCCACAUUGACUCUUAGACGGAAUGUAUCUGUUAGUGCUUCUAUAGAUUUUGUAGAAAAAAGAUCUAUGUUCUACUGCUUACUUAUCGCUAAUGUACUGAAAAGAAAAAAGUCCUACAAAAAAAAACACUUUGAGAAAAAAAAAUCUUAAAACAUUGAUGAUGAUAACUUGAUUUUAGACCAAAAAUUUAAAACUAUCUCUCUUUGGACUUUUCUUUUUCAUUUGUUUAUCACGAUUUAGACUUUUGAUUGUAUAUUUAUUGAGGCUAGACUUGGUUUAUCGACUUAUCUUUUUGUCUUGCUAUUUAUUUCUUAAUUUAUUUCUAGAAAUCCUUUUUUAAUUUUCCACAUUUUCUGAUGUAUUUGUAAUGGAUUGUCUUGCUUUUCGCCGCCUGCUGGAGUUGCUGUUUAAAAACCAAAAACUGUAAGAGACGCCACAAAGAGACCUCCUCAACAGGAGAGAACAUCAGGGUGACACGCAGAACACUUCUCCAUUCUUAAGCUCAGUUCCAGAUAAGAAAACGUGGAAGCAGUGGUGUCACGAGCUGCAGCGCUGCUUCGUUUCUGCAGAGAGAGAGAGCUCUACACAAACCAAAAGCACCAGAGGAGAAGACAAACUGGGGCGGAGGCUGAUGUGUUUUUGUGUGACGGAGACAAAAGAAGGAGGUAAAACGUGGCGAGGAUGAUUGCUUCUUCUUCUUCUUUUGUCUCUUUUGUUUUGUUUUUGUUUCCUCUUUGCUGUGUUUGAUGAUUCCUUCGUUCACUGCAGGAUGUAAAAGAGAGAUAGUUCAUCAUAUACCUCAUAUUCUUUGAUGAUAAACCAAAUAGAUGAAUGCUUUAAAACGCGGGGAUGGCGGCGGGGAUCGGGGUGCUGGGUUGUGGUUGGUGCAGCUGGGAGCAGAUCUAGGAAGGAUGAACAGGUAGAUUUGACCCUUGAGGUCAACAAAUGUCCUUACUGGUUUCUGCUCCAGUCCACACACACACACACACGCCUUCACACGCACACAUCAACACUGCCCUGAAACAGUCCCCCGUUUCCUGUGAAGAGCUUUAAACUCGGCCCUCUCCUUACGUCUGACCCUCACUGCUUCCUCCCUGUCCAGUAUGGACUCUGGGCUUCAUGCUGCUGUUUGGCACAGAUCUAAACAUCUAAUCUGGUUCUUGUAAAAAAAAAAAAAAAGCGUCUAGUUUUGUGCCUCAGAGCCGAUUUAUCACCAAAGCUGCCCUCUCUCGUUCCGAGGGGGGCCACGUUGACCCGCUGAUGUCCACAUGAAUCAGGGAGCGCCACAGGGUCAGGUAACAGGGAGCAGCUGACCCUGAGGUUACUAGGUGACACAUACAGACGGUCAACAGUGUGUGUGUGUGCUGAGAACAUGGCAGCUGGAGGGAGAGGUGUGCACAUUGUUAAAACAUUCAGACUCUCAUAGAGUCUGGAUUUUUCCGUCUUGCUUUGCUCAUUUUGUCUCGAGGCCAGAGCAUCGACCUGGAUUUGAGGGGCCGUAUGCCAAGUGCAGGACUCCGUGGUGGGGAUACCCCCUUAAGUGAAUGAUACCAAAGCCAAUGCCCUGCUACUGGGUCCAGCACCACAUGCACACUCCCUAAAACCCUGGUCGUCUUUGUUUGCAACUGUAAUAUUUAUGCAAUUUGUUUGUAAUAUUUUACAUUACAUUAGCUUCCAUGAAAGCUGCUUUAGAGGGACGAUGGCGCUUUCUUGCAAAAAGUUAAGUUAGCACGUUAGCUUAGCAUAAAAGACUGGAGCAAACGCCAAAAAGCCAAAAAGAGAAAAUUUUCUACCUCAAGCCUUAAAGCUCUCAUUCACUUGUUUUGAUACCUAUGAAGUGGUCUCUAGUACAAAAGGAUCCCUUGUGGGCCAUUUUCUGUGGGUAUGAAGCUCUGCCGCUCCUAAUUCAGUUCAGUAGAAGUUAGUCGGAGGGGUGGGUGGCAGAAAAGGACAGGAUUUGGAAUCUUAUCGUUCAUUUUCCUGAUAUAAAAAUAUAACUCCAAAUAACUCAAACUUGAAGGACAUCUGCUGUGUUGUGAAUGGUUAGCUUCUGCUAGCUUAGGCAUGCUCUACUCUCUCCUGGAUGCUAAAUCAGUCCAUGAAGGCUAGUUUUCAGUGUGACGUAGAUCUGUGUGCCUUUUUCUGACCCGAGCGUUCCCCUGUUGUUUUCUAUCUGCAGCCAAAGCAGGAAAUAGGGGUAGAAGGCACAUUUUCACAUUUAGCCUGUGUGUGGAACUCAGUGACCCACAGAAUUUUUAAAAUAAGAAGUAAAACAUGGUUUCUUAGUGAACUUGCUCUUUAAAUUUUUGUAAUAAACAAACGGGUGCAAGAAAAGUGGUGUUUAAAAUAUCCCCCUGUUGGAUUUGCAUUUAGCCAGAGAUGCCUCAGCUCCUGCCUUUCUAACCGAUGCCUCAGAGUGAAGCAGAAAAUGACGAGCUCAGUCAUCGACGGCGUGACUCAUAAUGAGCCAUCGCUUUUGAGGUAACACGCAUCAACAGCAAAAGCAACCAGAAAUGAUAACGAUCUGAUUUGAGCAGAAAGUGGCAGGCGAACAAGAAAUCGACUGAAUGUGAGGUGGCGUCCAAGUGGAUGUAGAAAAUGUGUCGUGGCGCAUGUUCAAAGUGAGCAAAAUGACUUGAAUCAGCAGUAGUUCACAAUUUCCAGCUGAUCUGGGCAGAGCUAAGCUAACGCCUCUUCUUGUUUCCAGUCUUUAUGCUAACCUAAGCUGAAAAGUGUCAUGCUCGUUUGUUCUUGAACUCUUAAAAGUUGGAGCUUGUGCAGAUUCUGAGUCCGGAGCGGCACGACUGUCGUGAGGAAUCAGGUUUGUUUUGUCGUAAAUGAGAGGCAAAGCGAGCAGAGCAAACAAACCCUCAACAGAGCUGCUGCAUCUUCCUCCACCCACUCGCAUCCACACACUCUUCCUCCCCUACAUCUCUCUCUCUCUCUCUCUCUCUCUCUCUCUCUCUCCUUUCUCUUUUCCACAAUACAGCUUCAGUCCAAAGGUUCUCCAGCAACACAGCAAAGCAAGUCAGACGUUAAAGAAUCAAACCAAAGAGCUCUAACUUGAUCCACUGCAUUUCUUCUCCCCGUCUGCCCUCCUCUGUCACCUAGUGAGCCGCUUCCUGAAGCUUUAACCUCAGCUAUCCAAAGGGAAAUAAUAAUAAUAAUUUAAGUUAAGAUGAUGAUGAUGAUGAUGAUGAAAUGUAUAUUUUUAAGUAUUUGUCAUUGGAAAAAAAGAAUCUUAAGCUUCUCAUGAUGAUGAUGAUGAUGAUGCUCACAAUGAUGACGAUGACGAUAAUGAAGUUUCUCUUGGUAUCUUUGUAGCUGUUCAAAUCCUCCUUAAGUUUGUGUCUCUUUCUGCUCGUGCUGCCUCCCCUCCCUGCAGGUUUUACCCUUUAUGUUUGGUGUGUGUGUGUGUGUGUGUGUGUGUGUGUGUGUGUGUGUGUGUGUGUGUGUGUGUGUGUGUGUGUGUGUGUGUGUGUGUGUGUGUGCCCUUCCUUUGUGUCUUCUGUUAUGUCUGCGACCACUCUCCCAUCUCCCCCCUCCACCCUCAUCCCUUCCCCUCCCUGCAUCCCCCCCCCCCCCAACGGUAACAGUUUAGACCUUUAGUGUAUUUAUCUUGAAAACCAAAAAGUUUAAAAAAAGGAAGAAAAUACCUGCUUGUUCAUUGUACAGUGUUGUUCAUUUUAAGUCAUUUUUGUAACUGAAAGUGUUUCAUUCAUCCAAAUAAAACAGGAGACAAAAACUGUACAGACGACCCCCUC